AUGGAUCGUAGCAGAAGACGAGACCGUCGCGAAACCGCUGCUGAAGCCAUUGCACGGUCCGUUAGCAGACGGCGAUCACCAGCUACAGCCGCCGCCAUUCCGGCAUUAGGCCGUGGCCGGGACAUCGAUCGACCAGCAACUGCAGCCGCCGCCAUUCCGGCAGUAGGCCGUGGCCGGGACAUUCAUCGACCAGCUGAUGCAGCCACCGCCAUUCCGGCAGUAGGCCGUGGCCGGGACAUCGAUCGACCAGCUGCUGAAGCCGCCGCCAUUCCGGCAGUAGGCCGUGGCCGGGACAUUCAUCGACCAGCUGAUGCAGCCGCCGCCAUUCCGGCAGUAGGCCGUGGCCGGGACAUCGAUCGACCAGCUGCUGAAUGGCUGAAUGCCAAUGGACGCGGACGUAAGUUGUUAGCACUAACAGGAGAAGCCGUUCGGCCAGCCGGCCUUGAACAACCACUUCUGCAACCACCGGAAUUGAGUUACCAAUUUGAUGACCUCGAGAGGACAACACGCGAAAAGGGUGAACGCUUAUUCGACGCUAAUAGGCAAGUCCUUUACGAGCAAACCUGCGAUGACAUCGAUACCUGGAUGUCUGACCUGGAGAAACAGAUGGUGACUGGAGGCACUGGCGAGGACUUGGCCUCUGUCAACAUCUUGAUGCAGAAGCAGCAGAUGAUUGAAACGCAGAUGGCAAUCAAAGCCCAGCAGGUGUCUGAAAUGGGCGCACAGGCCGAGUAUUUGGAGCGCAUGACGCCCGAGAAGGUGGAAGACAUUCAACAGAAGAAGGAAGCUGUCGAAAGAAGAUUCGAUGAGCUGAAAGCACCACUGGUCAGACGCCAACGCGAUUUGGAGAAGAAGAAGGAAGCAUACCAAUUCCGUCGCGACGUCGAGGACGAGAAGCUCUGGAUCUCAGAUAAGAUGCCGUUGGCCACUUUCAGCGACAAUGGCAAUUCACUCUUCAACGUCAACGUCUUGAAAAAGAAGAACCAGUCACUGAGAACAGUAAUCGACAACCAUGAACAGCGCAUUCACUUGGUAUGCAACAACGGACAGAAAUUGAUCGACGAAGAUCACGCCGAUUCUGAAGAGUUCUCCAACCUCAUCGAAGAAUUGCUCGAUACUUGGCAGACACUGAAAGACGCCAUGGAUAAUCGACGAGCCAAACUGUUGGCUUUUAUACGUACCCAGCAGUACUUUUUCGAUGCCAGCGAGGCCGAGUCAUGGAUGAGCGAACAGGAACUGUACAUGAUGGUGGAAGACCGCGGAAAAGAUGAAAUUUCAGCCCAGAACUUGAUGAAGAAACAGCAAACUUUGGAACUGGCCGUGGAAGACUACGCCGAGACCAUCCGCUCUCUUGGAGAGACAUCCACCCAGCUUAUCACUGAAGGACAUCCAGACAGUGACCAGAUUGCCGUUCGACAAGCCCAGGUUGACAAAUUGUACGCUUGGCUCCGCGAUCUGGCACAAGAACGCCGUGCCAAGUUGGAAGAAGCUUUGCAGCUCUUCAUGCUUAGCCGCGAAGUCGACGAUCUCCUCCAAUGGAUCAAUGAUCGUGAAGUCGUUGCCGGCUCUCACGAACUCGGUCAGGAUUACGAUCACGUCACACUUCUCUGGGAAUGCUUCAAGGAAUUUGCGAGACACUGAAACGAUCGGCACUGAACGAGUGGCAGCCGUCAACGAGAUCGCUGAUCAGCUGAUGGGUGCCCGUCACUCUGACGCCGCUACUAUCGCCGAAUGGAAGGACGAUCUGAACGAAGCCUGGGCUGAUCUCCUGGAAUUGAUUGAUACGAGAACGCAAAUGUUGGCUGCCUCACG